UUUAAAUACUUUCUGUAUGUUUACGCUUUUCAAUAAGAUUUUGUCCUUUGCCUCAAAUGACGCGCAACAGCCAACAAAAACCAACGGACACGAUAAUAAUCGAGUACAUCAUGACUUCAAUGAUCUGCCCACAGAAAUGAUGGAAGCACCCACAACUUAUCAUGAACAGCCAAUUUUGACGACAGUCUCUCCAAACAUUAAUUCCAAUACUACUUCAGCCUUUACAGAUAACGGCAUCAAUCAAUUCAGCCGGGGAAAUAUCACUUUUUACCAUAACAAACAAAUGUCUACAGAGCUAUUACCUGUUGUAACAGACUAUUGCACUGAAUCUCCACAACAGACGAUCCUACAUCAGCAACGGCUCGUUAAUAGUAGUCGUCCAUACUUGCCGCAGGCAGGUAUUGCUCCAAUGCAAUAUUCGAAUCCAAAUAUGACAGCAAGCACAAGUUCGGUUGGCUCCCAAGAGGAAAAUGCCAAGAAGUUGGGCUUGUCGUCCUCUUCUUUAGCAUCAUCUCCACCACCUUCCUACACAAAACAAAUAAAGAACAAAGUGUCUUCAAUGUUGGGUUAUUCCAACGAAAAUAAGGAGCAACGGCCUAAUAUUGAUAAGGAAGGUCUUUUAAGAGCUGUUGAACUGGCUGGUAUUGCCGUUGAUGAGUUUGAAGAGGGAAAUGAAGCUACUGGACUUGAUAUUUACUUGAUAGCAUUUGAUAAAAUGAUUAUGGCUAUUCCGAAGCUACAAGAUGAAAACUCGAAGCAAGCUUUAGCUGAUAAAUUGAAGGGGUUAGGUCAGCAAUUCGAUUUUAUGCUAUCUGAUAAACAGAACAGCAAUGAUGAAAUUACUAGUAAAUUGACAUAUACAGCUAUGGAAAAGGAAGAAGGUGACGAAAGUAGUAGAAGGACAACUGAAGUUGUACUUCAUCAAUAUAAAACUUUAGGUUUAUAUUUGACCAACGUAAUCUCACAGUGGGUUGUCAGAUUUAAGCAAUCACGUAUACCGGGGCUGUUGUAUAUGUUCUUUACGUUAAUCAUGCACUCGCUUCUGUCUUUGAAUCAACACCUACAUUUGACAGAAAUGGCCAAAAACUUAAUAAUUUACUGUACCAAGACUUGUCUCAAGUUGGACGACAAAUACAAGUUGCAUGAGUUUUUGACAGAAGCCACGUUCACGAUUAUCAAGUGCACAUUGGAUACAGUAGUGGCUUAUUUGGAAGCGCCAUCGUAUGCAGAAACUAGAAAAGCUGCAAAGGAGAGAAUUGAGCAAGAGCAUUAAAAUGUUCAAUUGUAGAGGUACUAUUAAGAUAGUUCCAAAACAAUGAAUAUGCAUCCCUAAUAGGAUGAUUACCAUACAUCAGCAAAAACAAAAAAAAGGUAAAAGAAGAUUCCCCUUAUUGCUAUAGCAACAUUGCGAUCGAGUUACGUUUGUCACUUGUUCUUCAUGUCCAAUAAACGUUUUUACAGUGAUGAAACCAACCUCAACACUCUUUUGCUUUAACUAGUCGAUGCCGUUUGUAAAGGUUUCGUUCUUCCUGAGGUGCGUUUUCUGUUUCUCAUUCUAAGUUUGGUCAUGUCUACUCCACAGAUGCUGCUUGGUGAAGAGAGGGCACUUUUCCCCUUCAUUGAUUGCUGCCUUAAUUUUCAAGCCUACUCGACAUUUAUGACUAAUCUACAUACAAGCUCACUUUUAAAAAUAAAUACAGAAGCAC